AUGGAGAAGAUAAAAGUUAGCAAGGUUGCUCCCCUGCACGCUUCGAUGCAAGGGGAAGAGACUGAACGUCUAAAGGUCGAGAACGUCCAGGCAUUCUCCCGCGGCUCCGGCUUCGACGGCACGUUGCACCUAACAACCCACCACAUCAUCUUCAGGUACCUGCCGCCAUGCCCUCCAGGCGCCGACCCAACCGCGAACCCGCCGCGCGAGAAAACGAUAUGGAUCACGUAUCCACAGAUCUUCUACUGCUGCCUGCGACCAUGUCCGUCCGCCUCGCACUACAAGCCGUCGAUCCGCUUGAGGUGUCGCGACUUUAAGAUGUUCGCUUUCAACUUCCUCGACGAGAAGGACGCGCGCAACGUAUACGAUAGCAUAAGGGCAUUGUCCUGCAAGAUUGGACGGCUCGAUAGACUCCUCGCAUUUGCUUAUAACCCUAGACCGCCAGAGAGCGACGUAAAUGGUUGGCAGAUUUACGAUGCGCGGAAAGAGUUUAAGCGACUAGGCAUCAGUCCCAAGGACUCGGAGAAGGGCUGGCGGAUAUCGGAGAUCAACACCGACUACAAGUACUCGAAGACGUACCCUGCACUUAUUGCGGUACCUACCAAGGUCUCCGACAGCGUCCUCCGAUAUGCGGGCGACUACCGCUCUCGUCAGCGUAUCCCUGCGCUCGUAUACCGCCAUCCUCUGAACAACUGCUCAAUAACCCGAAGCUCGCAACCCUUGCCUGGUCUCAGUGGCAAGCGCAAUGCACAGGAUGAGCGCCUCGUCGCUGCUAUAUUCGCAACUAAUCGUGGGUGGAAAACAACGCAAACCCCUAAUCCUACGACUCCGGCGAAUACCUCCCCGGAGUCAAGUGUUGUCAAUUUAAAUGAGUCUGCUGCUGAUAGUUCGUUUGUGGGUGUAGACGAUGCGGAAGCAGUCAACUCUGGGAGAACAACAGUGGACGACUUGACUGAUUCCGCCGAGACUGACCCAGACGCGCCGAAGAUAUACGGAGCACAGCAGCGGAAUCUCAUUGUCGAUGCGAGACCUACCGUAAACGCGUUGGCUAUGCAAGCUGUCGGCUUAGGUUCUGAAAAGAUGGAGUACUACCCGGGGGCGGAGAAGGCUUACCUUGGGAUUGACAACAUCCACGUCAUGCGGAAAUCCCUCGAUUGUGUUGUCGAAGCGUUGAAAGAGUCGGACUACCUCAAUGUUGCACCCAACUACGACCUGCUGCGCAAGAGCGGUUGGAUAGGACACAUUGCCAAUAUCCUGGACGGUACUGCUUUGAUCGCGCGAACUGUGGGCAUCAUGCACUCGCACGUUCUCAUCCACUGUUCCGACGGGUGGGAUCGGACCAGUCAACUCAGCGCCCUCAGCCAGAUCAUGCUCGAUCCUUACUAUCGGACUCUGGAGGGGUUCAUCGUGCUUGUGGAGAAAGAUUGGUUAUCGUACGGUCAUAUGUUCCGUCACCGGUCUGGAUUCUUGAGCAGCGACAAGUGGUUCACCAUCGAGAACGAACGAAUUGACCGGAACCGGGACGGGUCAGGCCCUGGCAACGCGUUUGAGAACGCUUUGCGUGGCGCUAAAGGCCUCUUCAACCGUCACAAUAAUGACUCCACCGAGUCGCUCACCCAGAUGACCGAUCCUAACGGGGCCGUCGCGGCUGAAUUAAAUACUUCGGACGUUGACCCUAGUAAAGAGACUCAGUCGAAGCCGUUCGCCAGCAAGAUAGGGCCCGCUGAAGAGCACCGCAUUACCAAGACUACCGAGUUGUCACCCGUCUUCCACCAAUUCUUAGAUGCCACAUACCAACUACUGUAUCAGCAUCCCACGCGCUUUGAGUUCAACGAACGCUUCCUGCGCCGCUUGUUCUACCAUCUACACUCAUGCCAAUACGGCACUUUCCUCUUCGACAAUGAAAAGGAGCGUGUUGAAGCUCGGGCGUAUGAACGAACGCGAUCGGUAUGGGACUACUUCCUCUGCCGGCGAGAAGAAUUCAUGAAUCCCAAGUACGACUCCACCGUUGAUGACUCGGUUCGCGGAAAGGAACGAAUUAUCUUCCCCAAGAAAGGCGAGGCGCGCUGGUGGGCCGAGCUGUUUGGCAGGACGGACGAGGAAAUGAAUAGAUUUGGCCCGCAAGCCCCGCCGAAUCACCUCACCCCACAGACGUCAAACAUGAGCAGUCCGCCUAAUGGGCGGAGUGGGACUAGCACACCAGUGCCGCAAGAGCCCAUUGUUACGGGAACGGAGACAGCAGAGAACGCUACAGGAGCAGGAACUACGGCUGACCCGCCUGUGCAAGUAACAUCAAACCCAUCCCCAAGACCCAGCGUAGAGGCGGAACAGAUGGCAGAUCCGCUCGGCGCGGUCAAGGAUCUCAGCCAGCAAUUCACAGCGAGUCUAUCCUCGCUCGGCAAGAACCUCCGCAGCUCCAGUCCUACCGCACGAUCUGUCGAAGACCGCAGCCGCUCUCGCUCUCAUAGUCGCGUUGAGGCCCGCAAAGAAGUGGAGGUCGAGAUGCAGUAG